AUGAAGCUGGACUUUUUGAAGCUGGGUACUUGGAAGCUGGGUACUUUUGCUUAUGGUUCGACUUUCAUUAUCCUCUACAUUAUCAUAGCAGGUCUGCUCUUCGUUACCCCCCUCGACGCCGUGCUCCAAGCCAAAAAGAAUCACCAAUUAUACAAUAUCUUUGUUAUUGUGUCAUGCUAUGGGGUUACUCUAUUUUUUGGGGCGACCCUCUUCCUAACCAGACUUUGGACAAAUAGCCAAGUUAUCAAAGCGAUUCCGAAAACAUGGAUACCUGUCGAAAAGGGCGACGUCAACAGGACUGUUCGGAAGAUGAUUGUGGCGAGUCUGGCACGAAGUGCGGUAAUAGCAUGGGAUUCACGACCGCGAAUUGAACAUCAUGCGACUAUAAUAUCAACGCAAGACACAUCAGACGAAUCGAAAAUAGCUGCGGAGAAUGGCCUUUAUGAGAGAGAAGAAGACGAGAAAAGGUCGCAUGAUGCUACAAUCGUUAUACCACCAAAAGAGCCCGUUUGGGGGCAAAUUUCCCACAAUGGAUGGUCUUCUCCAACGUCUCCGGAUUUACCAAGUCUACAGUACAUCACUGUAAUUCUCGAAUUACCUCAUUUGAUCGAAGCGAAAGCCGUAUCUUUAGCACCCCCUGACCCACAGUCGAUGUCUCAACCGCCUAUGCCCGAUCUCCGAGCAGUCGAUAUUCUUCAACGACCAGCGGCUAUGGGUCUUCGCGAUUAUAUCAGCCAUCUCUCUGGAAUUGAGGUCAUCAGUGAUCCUUCCAUCGCUGCACCUUUCCUUUCAGCUUACGAAUACGCUCGAUUUUCUUCCAACGCCAUCAGCGAAGUCGAAUUUCGCGACCUAAUGAAACAAUUUGCAGAGCUCCUACGCAGCAUGGAACCACUAAGUCCCGCGAUAAUGAUGAGCCUCGCUAUUGACGAUCAAGAGAGCGAUAUUGAUGGCGACGCGUCAUCUCGUUCUAGUCUUAUUACUUCACAAAGCCAUUCCGUUGUAUCCUCCUUGAGGAGUUAUGAGAUCCGCAAGCCAAACAAGCGUGAUCAAGUUGAGCAGAGUUCAGACAGGAGAUUCAUUACCUUAUGA